GGCUCCGAAUUGCCGUCAGUCAGUCGCGCACCGCGGGUCACACAAACCACUCAGCACCUCCAGCCGCACAAUCACUUAUAAAUCCCCAUCGCUCUCAGAUUGUGAUGCAGUGAGAGAAUGGCGACCGCCGCCGCCGCCGCCCUGCCCGCCCUGCUGACGGGCGCGUCGACCGCCGUGACCACCGCCGGUCUGUGGUUCGCACCCCUUCUGGUCGCCACGCUCGCCUACUAUCACUACGACCUCAUCGACCCUGAGUCCAGACCGAUUGACGCAGAGGUCGUCAAACCGAUCUACGACUUCAUAGUGGUCGGCGCUGGCUCGGCCGGCGCCGUCGUCGCAAACAGAUUAUCAGAAAUCGACGAUUGGAACGUGUUGCUGUUGGAAGCUGGUGGCGACGAGACCGAGAUUUCGGACGUGCCGGUGCUGGCGGCGUAUUUGCAGCUGAGCCAGCUGGACUGGAAGUACAAGACGGAGCCGCAGCCGAACGCGUGCCUGGGCAUGAAGAACCAGCGGUGCAACUGGCCGCGGGGCAAGGUGCUGGGGGGCUCCUCGGUGCUCAACUACAUGCUGUACGUGCGGGGCAACCGAUACGACUACGACUCGUGGCGCGACCUCGGAAAUCCCGGCUGGGGCUUCGACGACGUGCUUUACUACUUCAAGAAGUCCGAGGACAACCGCAACCCGUACCUCUCCAGGUCCAAGUACCACUCGUCGGGGGGCUACCUGACGGUGGAGGAGGCGCCGUGGCGCACACCCCUAGCCACCGCCUUCAUCCAGGCCGGCCAGGAGAUGGGCUACGAGAACAGGGACAUCAACGGCGAGUUCCAGUCGGGCUUCAUGCUGGCCCAGGGCACCACCCGCAGGGGCGCCCGCUGCUCCACGGCCAAGGCCUUCCUCAGGCCGGCCAGGCUACGCAAGAACCUCGAUAUCGCCAUGCACGCUCAGGCGACACGUGUGUUGAUCGAUCCGCUGACGAAGCACGCGUACGGCGUCGAGUUCUUCCGCAACGGAAAAAUGCAAGUGGUGCGAGCCAAGAAAGAAGUGAUCGUUUCUGGCGGCGCCGUCAAUUCGCCGCAACUGCUGAUGCUGUCGGGCAUCGGGCCGGCGCAGGAACUCAUCAAGCACAAGAUUCCCGUCAUCAAAGACCUGCCCGUCGGCGAAAACCUGCAGGACCACGUGGGUCUGGGCGGCUUCACCUUCCUGAUCAACCAGGAGGUGUCGCUGGUGCAGAACCGGUACGAAAACGUGCCUGCGGUGCUGCAGUACGCCAUGCUGGGCACCGGCCCGCUCACGGUCAUGGGCGGCGUCGAGGGCCUCGCCUUCAUCAACACCAAGUACGCCAACAAGACUAUCGACUUCCCAGACAUCGAGUUCCACUUCAUUUCCGGCUCGACAAACUCUGACGGCGGAAGGCAAAUCAGGAAGGCGCACGGCAUCACCGACGAACUCUACGAAAGGGUUUUCCGUCCGAUCGACAACAAAGACGUGUGGUCGGUGAUUCCCGUGUUGCUGCGGCCGAGGUCACGCGGGGUCAUCAAGCUGCGGUCGCGCAACCCGUUCGACUACCCCCUGAUCUACCCCAACUACCUGAGCGACCCGUUCGACAUGGCGACGCUGGUGGAGGGGGUCAAGUUCGGGCUGGCGAUGAGCAAGACCAAGUCGUUCCAGCGCUUCGGCAGCACCCUGCACCAGAUCCCCUUCCCGCAGUGCGUCAAGAGCACCAAGCUGUGGACGGACGAAUACUGGGCGUGCAUGGUGCGCCACUACUCGGUCACCAUCUACCACCCCGUCGCCACCUGCACCAUGGGCCCCGAGUGGGACGACAAGGCCGUCGUCGACCCUGAGCUCAGGGUGCACGGCGUCAAGGGCCUCAGGGUCAUCGACGCCUCCAUCAUGCCCCUGCUGGUCAGCGGAAACACGAACGCGCCGGUCAUCAUGGUGGCCGAAAAGGGCGCCGACCUCAUCAAGAAAGCGUGGAACCGAUUGUGAUUUAAACUCAAAGAAGGGUCUCGAAUCAACUAAGAAGGUUUAAAUUGUCAUCGAAGUAAUGAGAAAAAAGUUGAAGUUUUUUUUUAAGAAUUUCGUCUUGAAAAACAAAGAUGGCGAUUUUGACUUUUGUUGAGUUUCCAGACCCUUUAAUCUGCAGUUUCAUUUUCUCCGUCCAAGACUGAUUUGCUUUUAUAACUGCUGCGUGGCUGCGACUAUUUUAUAAUUUACCUGUUGAUGAGUGCGUGUGCUGACAAUUGCAUUAAAUAUUACAUUUUAAGCAUGACAACAACAUGCACAGGCUAUGACCACGGUUCUCAACUGCGCCCCAUUAUUGUACUUUAAUUGUGAAUAAAUAUCU